ACCGUGUGCUCAGUCUAUCGAUUCGACAUUUCCCCUCACUUCUCAGUCCUUGAAUUCAGUCUUCCACCAUGGGUGACAGUGGUUCAGAGUUCAGAUGUUUCGUCGGAGGUCUCGCGUGGGCCACCACCGAUGUCAGACUGGAGGAUGCCUUCGCCACCUUCGGUGAGGUGGUCGAGUCUCGAGUGAUCAGCGAUCGCGAGACGGGCCGAUCCCGCGGAUUUGGCUUCGUCACUUUCGCCCAGGAGCAGUCGAUGAAGGACGCCAUCGAAGCCAUGAACGGCAAGGAACUCGAUGGUCGUAACAUCACUGUGAACCAAGCUCAGAGCCAGUCCAAGGGUGGUGGCGGUGGAGGCCGAGGUGGUGGUGGAUACGGAGGUGGUGGUGGCGGCGGAAGGCCAUACGGAGGUGGUGGCUACGGCGGGUCUCGUGACGGAGGCAGCCAAGGCGGCGGCGGUGGUUACGGCGGUCGUGACGGAGGAAGCCGCAGAGGAUAUGGAGGCAGCGGUGGAGCUCGUGAUAAUGCUUACUGAAGCCCUUGAAGAUUGACCAUUCUCUGAUUGUUGGGAGCCCGAGCUGUUCGAGACGUCCUGUUUCGAGAGUCGUGUCCUCGGUCCCAACACUUGUCAACGACGCGGCCGUCUGCGAGGGGUCCUACUUCUCGAAAGUGCCCGUCUUUGAGCUCUUAUAUGUACAACAGCUCGAUCGCCUUCUUCGAUUGAGUGUCCACUAGUGCUGCUCAUGCUUUUUUUUGAUGUACCUCUACCUCGGUACAGCCUUCCCUAUGAAGCGGCAAUAAUGUCAGACUUUGUCUACCUAGCAUGUCCAUUAGGGGUAAAUGAAAAGCUUCACGGUAGGCUGUCUUGACGUUCCCUUCUGCUCCUUAAGUCGAUUGCUAUUAAUGUUGGAUUCUACACUCGUCCAACUCGGCUCCUUCAGAACUGAUACUUCAGGGUCUCAAGGAAGCUAGUAAAGAUGGUCACACGUUUGUGUGACAGCUACCAGUUUGAAUCUGCUCGGUUAAAGUAGAUGGGACCUACACACCAUCGGUUGCUACCAUGGUGCACAGUUUUGAUACUAUUCUCCGGUUAUGAGAGAUCAGGUUUGUUACUGGCCACAGCCACAAACGGGACGAGGGAGUCCUUGUUGAAUCCGCAACUGCGUGUUAUAAAUUUCACCUACGGUAUGAGUUCUUGCCGAAGAUC